UUUUGGCGCAAGAGGCAGCCAAGGGCGUUCGCUGCAAGAAUUCGGUGGCGCUGCUAAACUUUGGAGUCCGUAGGGCUGUAGUUGGAGCACAUGUGCCUUAAAGAUCACUCGCGCGCACGGUUUCAGCAUAGCUGCAUUUGGGGCGUGUGUGCGCGCGCCUGUGCAUACUUCUGGAUAUAGCACCAGCCUCCACCCGGCGGGCAAUAAUAAUAGCCAUCCGCACCCCACUCAGGGAGCGCGCCCACCAGCUGCGUUAUGCUUUGCUGACGGGAAAUUGCUUCUGAGUGUAUGCAGUGUGCAUUUCCCGACUGAGUAACCAAGCCACUUGCCUCUCGCCUGUUCUUGCAGUAGAGCAACUUCAGAUCUGGAAUGGGAAACCGCCUGCUGCCAAAUGAUUCCGUGAUAGGUUAAGCAUUUCAGCCUGCAAUAAUUGGGCCCAGAAUGGGUUCAAAAAGUGGGGGAGACCAAACGUGUUUUUGCUUUCCAGAACGGAAAGCUACUGGAUGUGGUGUAUGGUCCUCUGGGCUAGGAACCUAAAUAAUAUAUGUUUGGCAUGAAGACCAAAACUGGAUGGGUCUCCUCCUUAUGGAGUUGCUCCCAGACUAUGCUGCGGCCAACCCUGACCAUCCUGAUGUUGCUGGCUCUCUCUCACGUGGGUAUAACCAAUGCUCAGAAUUACAAGAGUGAUCCUCGGAGACAGAGACCUGUGGAACCUGACUUUCUUUCCCACGUAACUCGAGCUGUGAGGGAGACCUUGGAAGACUUGAUUGGAGAAGAUAAUUUUCUGAUGUUGAGUAAGAAUCUCUCUUUCCUGGUCUGGACAGUUUCCUCUGGAAUUUCGGCAGCUUUAUUUGUGGUGGCUCGAAUUGCAGGGCAGUUCCUGACUUCAUUUGGAAUAGCUGGGGAUGAAGUAACUCGGUUUCUGAAGCUGAGCCCUGAUCAAGUGCAGAUAUUGCUGCUCUGGGGCCUGGUUGCUCUGGUUGGCUACUUGGUGCUGUCACUGCUGCUAAGUUUGGUGCUUGCAGUCUUGAGCCGCAUCAUGUGGGGCCUCAAGGUGGUCCUCUUUGGGGCGUGUUUCAUGUUUAUUGUGUCUGCAGUACCUGAUCGCUCUGUGCAAGCUUUGCUUUUGUUGGCCUUACUCACGUUUUAUGCCCUAUUGGGCAGACUGAGUGGGUCCCAUCACUCUGGGGCACGGUUGGAAGCCAAAGUGCGCAGCUUGGAACGCCAGGUAGAAGAUCUGCAACGUAAGCAAAGGCGAUCUGCCAAGCUCCUGGAUGAAGAAUGAAGUUGGAGAGGCUAUAAUAUUUGCAUGCUUUUGCUAAGAUACCAUCGCUUUCUUCCUUUCUCCAUGUACUUGAUGAUUCCUUCCUAGAUUGUAGAUGCUCUCAGGUAUCCCUUCACCCACAACUAUGCAGGAACAUGUGGAUCCUGAAGGGAACUUCUGUACAAGAGAAUGAAUGCAAUAGUAUAACUUCAGUGACCUGUUCAAAAGUGCUCUCCAUCCUUGUCUUCUCUCUCUCUCUCUCUCUCUCUCUCUCUCUCUCUCUCUCUCUCUCGUCUGCCUGUCUGCUCCAUGUCCCCUAUCUCUGCUUAUUUGCCACUAGGCUCAUGGCAGCUCAUUUUGUUUAAGGAUGAAGGGCCUAAUGUUGGAGGCAGAGUGUUGAUCAUUCUCAAAAUUGGAUUUUUAAGUAAAUUUGACUGCACUAUUACAUAUCUGGAUCAAGAAGAAUAGGGUGUUUCACCAUAUGCCCUGAAGAUCCCAGGCCUAGAUGUUGCACCAGCAUGCCAGUCUCUAUAUCUGACACUAAAGCCCACUGUGCUAAGUGCCUUCAUGAAACAAAGUUUGCCUUCUGUGCUUAUGGUGGCAAUGGGGGAUAUCAGGAUGUCAGAGUGUGUGUGUGUGUGUGUGUGUGUGUGUGUGUGUGUGUGUGUGUGUGUGUGUAGAGGUAGUGUUUACACAACUGAAACUCCCAGCUUCUUACAGGCCAAAGAUGCCCAGUGAAUCCAUGGUCAUACCAUUUUCUUAUGCACACUAGUUCUGCAUAAGGGAAUUGGAUAGUACCAUGGCAGGUAGUGUCCAUCUGCCUGUCCUAGGUGAAAUCAAGCCAUAGGUCAGAGACAAUGUGAAUGUACACACUAUACCUUCCAGACAGAAUUUUGGGUGUGCCACUAGCAAACCCAUCUUUUGUAGACUCGACUGCCCUUUCUGCCUGCUUGGGAAGGGGGCCUAUCUGACUGUAGCAUUGGUCACACAUUGUUUGCCAGUGUUUUUUUUUUUUUUUUUUUUUUUAAAAACCCUGCCAACUUUAAACAAAAAGUAUUUUGUGACAUGCUUCCAAAUAAAUCCUAUUUAAUCAUU